AUGCCUGUCCGGAGAACAUUUGCUUUCCAUGAUCUGGGGAAUGUUGUCUCAAUUGUUUUAAAAGUGAAAGGAAAGCUUUGGGAUAACCGUUCCGAAGCUGACGUCAUCUGUCGGAAUUCGCCCGAACAACAGCAUCACCUAUUAGAGAACUAAUCGUCCGAGAGUUGCACAGCAAUGAAGGCGGACGGACAAGGCUCUGGGCUACCCAGUCCAACCUCCGCGACGAAAAAAGUUUGCUUUGCGGACCUGGUUGGACUCAAGCUUGAAUUCGUUAAAAUCAUUACUCCAUGUAGCAGCGAUGACAACCUAUGCUCCGCGAUCGGUGCGAGGAAAAGUCAUUGUGAUAUCAACGAAAAUUUGCCAAGGAGACGGAUAAAAUGUCUGUUCCCGUGCUUCGUUCGACCUGCAGAACAAACAGACAAUUUUAUGAAGCGAGUUUACAGCCAGAAUGUCUGCUUGGAGAACAUUGCGUGCGAAAACUUUGUUGUCACUGGGCUUAUUCGAGUGACAAAUUUAUCUUUCAUUAAAGAGGUUACGGUGAGAUUCACAUUCAACGGCUGGGCAACGUAUCGGGACAUUUGGGCUGAUUAUAUGUCCUCUUGUACGGAUGGAAAAACAGACAAGUUUAGCUUUCGUGUCACUGUACCUCAUGACUUUGAAGUAAAUCGACACAUGGAGUUUGCAAUUUGUUAUCGCGCUUCCGACCAAGAGUUUUGGGACAAUAAUGACAGAAAAAAUUAUCAUAUUCAGUGUUCAGAAGUCUUUCCUGAACAAUUAUAGAAACAUCGUUACAGAAACAGAACAAACUGAACUGAGGAAAGAUGGUAAUCUUUGUGCGAGCGAAUUUGACCAAACCUCGAUGAGUACAAUUAUUGAAAUGAUUGUGAAAUUUAAAAUUUCAUUAGUAACUGUUUCCUUUGCCUUGCAUUUGCACGAAACCGUAAAAAGGAAUGCCAAUAUCAAGAGAAAAUGGAGCAGCCCAGAUAUAACGAAUUUGUCAUGAUGCCAAACGUCUGUGGGUUGAUGUUUUCGCUUUGCGGAGUUACGUGACAAGUCAGUCUAUGCGUUUUAAAAUAACUGAAGAGAGCGCGGACAAUUUGGUGGCUUUUUUACAUUUUUUCCCCUGAGGUUCGUCAUCUUGGACCGGGUUCCACUAUAAUUAGUAGAACAUGCUUCGUUGAACACAAGGCAAUUGAAAACAACAUCUAGGAGAAAAAUUUGGUGCAACUAUCCUCAACACCGACCUUCCGUGUGGAAUUGUAAACGAACAACUUAGCUAUUAUGUAACAUCUGUUGCCUCGCUAAAACAUUUUCUUAAUGUUUUUGUUUAGCAGAAAAAAACUGCUGGCUGGAAAAAAAUUAUCCCGGGGGUUUGAUCUUCUCAGUUUUUUAAACGAGUAUUAAAACCAAACCAUAGGUCCUACAGUAUGUCGAUGACAAGAAAUAGAGACUAAAAACGUUGGUCAGGCAAGACAAUGUACUCAAGGAUUAUAAUCACAGAUCCGACUCAGAAAACAACUUAUGGAAAUGCAUGUAAAUUGUAAUCAAUGAAUUAUGUCAUUUCGUUUUCUUAAAUUUAAUAAGUUGGAGCCAAAUACUGUGAUACUUGGCCUUGCAGACCGAACAGGAAAAACUGCGUAGGCUUGGAUAAAUAGCCAGUUAAUAUCUUUUUAGAGUUAAAAUAAAAAUCCAACUCAUUAGCCACUUUUGAUUACACUUUAUUACACUCCAUGAGUCAUAAAUGUAGAAAACAGGAAUAUUUGUUAUACCGUGAAAUUGAGCGCACAACAGCAAAGAUCCGGCGGCCAAUAUAAUUAAUACAACGUAAAAAUUUCUCGCGGUACAAGUGGAAUUAGUAGAGAGCUUAAGCAUUGAUGACGGAGACCCCAGGGACAACGCCUGGUAAAAAAAUGAAUUUAAUUUUACCUUCGAAUUUCGCAAUUGUCUAGAUCUGUUCAGCGUGCCUAGUGGUCUCAGAACAAGCUCAAGCUAAAUAUGUAACGCCAGCAUUCAAUUCCAAAUAAGACGACAAAAAGUUCGCCACCAUCCUUUGCGUUCUCCAAAAUACGCAGAACUUAGUCAUUUCACGUUAUUGUUUUCCAGAGGAAAGGUACAAAGGUUGCUAACGCACGUGCACAGCCAUUGCCGUACUCAUUAAGCCUAUUGUUUGGUGCCGUUACCGUUGUGGUUUGCUUUCUCUAUUAUAUCGAUCGUUCCACGUGGUUUCGUCACGAACGACCAUGAAGCGACCAAGCCUUUGAUAGCCGAGUCAAAACCGUGUGAGAUAGUAUCCCUUCCGAAGUGCAAUCGACGUCCAAUUUUUUCGCAAGAAAGCAAUCAAUUCGAAAUAUGAAAAAAUUGUCCUUAGACUCAUGAAAACGGUGUCGGAAUACGUGCGGCAAUUGAAACAAAAUGAAUACACAAUAAAUACAGUACUAGCAAUGUCAACUGACGACUUGUCAGUAAAGGUACAAGAAAAACAAACAUGAACCUUCAAAUGUAACGAGGGAAAACUAGCAACUUCCCAGAAUAACGGCAGCAAUGGAGAGACAAGUGAUCGCAUGCAGAACUACAUCAGAAAACAAAGUAUUAUCAAGAAGACGAUGACGUCUCAUCGUACACUCUAAAGAACAUUUUAUUACUGGCUGUAGGCUGAUACCACAUGCGAAACUAUGGUAGGGUCAAUUUAACAAAGAAAUUCGAAAGCUGUAUUAAAGUCAGCUGAGAAUGAA